AUGAGGUUCGGUCGUAAGGGCAAGCUGAGUGCUCGAUUUAUUAGGCCGUACCGGAUUUUGAAGCGAGUGGGCCCAGUUGCAUAUCAGUUGGAGCUACCUCUAAAGUUGGAUCAUAUUUAUGACAUGUUCCACGUCUCAAUGUUGAGACGUUAUCGCUCUGAUCCCACACACAUUGUGCCUAUGGAGGAGAUUGAAGUUAGACCGGGUCUGACGUUCGAGGAGGAGCCAGUUCAGAUUUUGGAUCGUGACGUUAAGGUUUUGCGUAGGAAAUCUAUUCCAUUAGUGAAGGUGAUGUGGCAGAAUCAUAGAACAGAGGAGGCUACUUGGGAGCCAGAGGAUUCGAUGCUUCAAUAG